AUGGCGGUGGGAGCUGUGGGACGUUUCAUACGCUCGGUUCACAAUAAAUAUUUCGUCAUGUUUGCCAAUCAUCAAUAUCAAUACCAACAAGCCGGUGGUGGCGCAGUGUCCACUGGCGGCAUGGUUUGGAAUGGAAAUGCUUGGGUUCAGUCGUCCGCGGCUGCGCAGCCACAAAAUGGUCGCAGCAGUACUUUCUCGACGGCCUCCUACGGCGGAAAAGAGUCACGCUGGGCUCGUGCUCCGCAGCAACAGGCAAGACCAGCAGCAGCCAAACCACAACAAGGAGGUCCUCCUGAUGGUUUAAAGAGGUAUGUCCAUCGAUGCUUGGAAAAGUGCGCUUCCGAGGAACAGAAAAAGCAAGUCCAAAAGGAAACCGAACGGGUGAUUGCCGAAGCACUGCAGGAUGGGACCUUGCAUACCAAGAAUUGGGAUGCGGUCCCUCUCAUCUCUCUGCCUGAUUACUCGCGAAAGCGUGAUUCGUUCUCAUUGCAACAAAGCAUCUCCAGUAAGAAACAAAAAGUGAAAUCGAAUACUGACAUGUAUUAUGGUCACACGAGAGGAGGUCCAAAUAAUGGUGGAUACUACGGCCCUUCAUCCUCUUCUCCUCACCCUAACCCCACAGCUUCAUCAUCAACAUCUCAUCAGCAGUACUCCUCUCGGCAGCAAUCCAGUAGUAAGUAUCAAAAUCAUUACGGCCCGGCCGACGAAAACGAAGAUUUUAUCAAAGUUCCCAAUUUUGGCGUUAAAAAGGGCAGCAACAAGUAUGUGAAUCCCAACAGCGCCAAGAAGAAGAAGCCCAUGGAUGAUGCUGGAUUCCAGCGCUCCUCGUCGACAAUGGCCCAGCGUGCCAAUCGUUUUUCUGGGCCUGGUGGCAAUGCCGAUGUGCGUCAAGCCACGGCCAAGGGCAUUGAUGCGCGGUACAUGGGCAAGGGUGUGAUUGGCGGAUCCUCAAAGAAGUUGGAUGAAACAGAUUACGAACAAAUGAAGGUGAAGGGAACUUGUCGAAAGUUGGAAAAACAGUAUCUUCGUCUCACAGCACCUCCCAAAGCAGAAUUGGUCCGUCCCUUGGAAAUUCUUCAACAGCACUUGGGGAAUCUCAAGAAAGAGUGGAAGUCAAAGUCUCGUCGUGAUUAUUUGUGGUUUUGUGCCGAAAUGAAGGCGGUUCGUCAAGAUUUGACAGUGCAGCACAUUCAAAAUUCCUUUACAGUGCAAGCGUAUGAGUUUCAUGCCAGGAUUGCUCUGCAAGAGGGAGACAUUAACGAGUUCAACCAGGCCCAGACGCAACUCAAAAUUUUGUAUGAAAAGUUGGAUGAUGCCAAGUCGCUCGAGAAUGAAAACGAGUUUGUUGCGUACAGGAUGAUCUAUUUCGUUGUCAUGUCUCUCAACAAGGGUUACAAGGGCGGGUCUUCCGACUUGUUGAAAUUGAUGUUGUCUCUCACUUCUUCCCAACGAAAUGACCCUGCCAUCAAGCAUUCCCUGCAGCUUCGUGCUGCCGUGGCGGAGAUGGAUUAUCACAAGUUCUUUCAGCUCACGAAGUCGUGCCCCAACCUCGGGGGCAUGCUGAUUUCCCGUAGCGUUCCAAUCAUGAGAUAUUUGGCGCUCCAACGAAUCUGCAGGGCCUACCGUCCUUCCGUUGCAUUUGUGUUUGCAUUGAAAGAGUUGGGGUUCUCGGCUCAGACAGCGAAGGAGAUUGAAGAUGGUUGUUUCGUCUUGGGAUAUAUGAGUCUUCCCCGACGCUGGUGUGCCAGCUUCUUUGUUGUUGCUGGUUUGAUGGUGGCAGAGUGA